AUGUUAAGCGCGAUUACCCUUGUUCUGAUCGUGGCUGUGGCUGUGUCUGCAACGGUCGCCGUCGACAACGGUAAGACUGUGCUCUUCUUGCUGUUGCUCGUUUUUCUUCUGUGUUCGUUUUCUUUUCCAACGCCGUGUGAGGUGCUCCGAGUGAAUGCACCUCAUGGCCUUGCACACGUUCGUUGUGUAUGCUUGUUUUCCGUUAACACAGACGAACUCUUGACGCACGCUUCGUACCUCCAAUACGAUCCUCGUUUUGCAGAAAACCGGAUCCACAAACUUUGCAAGCACUCGGCCGAAGUUGGGCCCUGCCGCGAGUACCGUGUUCGCUGGUGCUACAACAAGAAGAGCCAGAAAUGCGAGGAAUUUCUUUACGGCGGCUGCGGAGGAAACACGAACAACUUCCAGCGCUCAGACCUUUGCAAAAACCUAUGCGAAACUAAACUACAGCCAGGUACGCAGUUGGGAUAUGAUUCCUAG